AUGACAGAAAAGAAAACUACAGCUGAUUAUAAUCGUUUACAGAACAGAAAUAAUCAAUUUAAAAAAUGUUCUGAUUGUCUCAAUAAUACUAUAUCUAAAAAUCCUAUUGCAAACAUCUUUUUAAAAAUGGAAUAAGCGUAAUCCUAUUAUUCAUUAAUAGAUUAUGUUCCAGUUGUAUUAAUACAAAUCUCUAUGUAAUACCUAAAACAUAAGAAUUUUCAGAUGCAAUCACAUUUCCAUUUACUAUCUAUAAAAAAAUAUUGUGCAAAAUACAUAAACAUGAAUAAAGAUUGAAAUGUUAAGAAUGCUCUAUUUAUUUGAAUGAAAAAAAUUAUGCCAAAUGUCCUUUCUGUGAAUUUAGUAUAUUCAGAAGAAAUUUGAAAAAAUGGAGUAUGUAAUUUUUCUUGUAUUAUAUAUAAUAUAGUUUAUACCCAAUUCAUAAAUGUGAAGUUUGUAAUCAUUAUUAAUGUCUAAAAUGCUAGUCAAUUCCUGGAAUUAUGGGAAAUGAUGCUAUUGAAUGUUACACUUGUUCAGAAAGAAAAUAAGAUUAAUAUUUCCACAUAAAACAUGCAAUCAAAUAAAUGAAUACUUUUAAAGGAAUACAAUUUUUAAUCACCAUAUUUUGUGUUGCUAUAUUUACUCCUAUUUAAAUUAUGGGCAAAACUACUUCUAUCACAAAGUAAAUCAUAGAUUGGUAACCCUUAUAAUAAGUCACUCCAAGAUAAUACUUAUUUAAAUUAGUAUAUACCCUUAUAAUAGGACCAUUCUUAUGGUUAUGGAUAUAUCUAAGAUACUUUUUUAUUUUGUAUUGGGAAAGCUAUUCCGACAACGUUCGCCUGUUAUAUCGGUAAAUGAUCCCUUA